AUGUUCGCCCGCACAGCUCUCGCUCGUCUGAGAGCUAGGGUACCAAGCGCCGCCGCACGCGACGUCGCGCAGCUCUCGCGCAAGCUCCGCACCGUCGUCGCGACCUCGGUCUCCAACACCACCGUUAACAAUGCCUCCGCCGCGGCUCCUUUGACCUUCGCUCAAUUCCAGCGCAUCCGCGGCUACGCGACCGCGACCAAGACUCGCGCCUCGACGGCGGCGAAGAAGGCGCCCGCCAAGAAGACGACUGCCACCAAGAAGACCGCUGCGGCUAAGAAGACGACCGCGACAAAGAAGAAGACCGCCGCCAAACCCAAGAAGAAGGCUGUCGCCAAGCCCAAGAAGAAGAAGGAAUUGACGGAGUUCCAGAUUGAGAGGCUCGAGAAGCGCAAGCUGCGCGACGCGGAGCAGAAGAAAAAGGAUCAUCUCAAGGAAUUGAAGGCGACGGCACUUCAGGAGCCCAAGCAGAAGGCCGCGUCGCCCUUUCAGAUCCUGUUGGUUGAGACCAUCCAGAAAGAGCUUACGGGGACGAAGGGCGCGGGCCGCAUUGGAGAAAUUGCAAAGGCCGUGUCCCAGAAGUACAAGAACCUCAGUCCGUCGGAACUUGAGCGCCUCAACCGCGCUGCCAAUGAGGCCGCAGAGGAAAACAAGAAGGCCUACAAGAAGUGGGUUGAGAGCUACACUCCGAUGCAGAUCCGGGAAGCGAACAACGCGCGUCGCCAGCUGAAGGCGAAGCUGGUCAGUUACAGCAAGGGCCAGAUUCAGGAUGACCGUGCCGUCGCGCCGCCGGCUUCCGCGUACAUCCUCUUCUUCAAGGAGCGCUACGCGACCGGCGAGUUUCAGAACAUGAGUACCAUUGAAGCAGCCAAGCUGGUUGGCGCGGAGUGGAAGGCUCUUAGCGCUUCUGGCAAAGAGAAAUACGAGAACAUGGCUGCCGAAGAGAGGCAACGCUACGCCCGCAAGUACAAGAGCGUCUAUGGUGUCGAGCCUGGCUUCCAGAAGAAGGCCACUGCUACCGCUUAG